AUGCCUAUACUACCAUCCCAAAUACCAAACCCCCUUCUUAAAGUGGGACACGUCCCGAAUAAAGGUCGCUCAUUCAUUGCAUCACGCGCUCUCGCACCUGGAUCCAUCCUCCUCAAAGUGCUUCCGUACGCAGCUGUCCCUGAUACAAACCAUAAAACCCGUGUAUGUGCAUACUGUCUGACUCUAAACACACCGCACGCAUUCAUACCAUGCACGUCCUGUAAUAUCGCCCACUACUGCUCAGAUACAUGUAAAUCGCGAGAUUGGACGUCGCAGCAUGAACUCGAAUGUAGUCUUGUACAUAGCUUGCAUCACGAGGAUGUGCUUGAUGUGCUGAAAGAGGACGGUGGUGAUUAUAUAUUGGACUUUACGUGGUUGCUGAUUAGAGUCUUGAUUCGACAUUGUCGAGAGCUUCAGGGUGGGAUGAAACAAUCAACAGAUAGCAACCAUCAUAUGGGGACGUUUGCAGACGUAUGGGAUAUGAUUUCUAAUACGGAGAGUUUUCCAGCUGCUAGAUUAAAACAGUUUGCACGGGUUGCCCAAGUCUUGGCAACCUUUACAGAAGCCAAGUUAUGGCCAUUGCUGGAUGGACACCAGAGGGCUGGAUUCUUGCCUGCCGUAAAAGUAGAUAACCGUAUAGAUCUGAAUGAUAUAGUAAAGGAAACCGCUGGAAGUAAUGGCCAAAAGAUUGGUCUUGUAAAUCAAUCAUCACCACCAACAGCCAGUCUAGUAGCCUCAUUACGUGAACUUGUAUGCAAAGAGGAAUGCAACUCGUUUGGACUAUACACGUAUGCCUUUGAAAGUGGUCAAUCUCCCCGCCAACCAUAUGGACUAGCUCUAUACCCAACCGUCGUAUACUUUAAUCAUUCAUGUCAGCCUGCUGUAGGACACGUUACAAAACCACAUCAGUCGCAGAAUAGUCACAACAAUGGUAGCAAUAAUCACUCUAUGCCAUUCGCAGGCUCACAUGCCGAAAUGAUUUUCUUCAACUAUGCGCAACUGAGUGAAGGUGAUGAAGCUACUAUAUCUUAUGUCGAUGUGGCUGAUGAAGAAGCCGUUGUAUCAAAUGCAGGUGUUGGUAAUAGAGGAGAUGCCAGGAGAGAGCUGUUGAAGGGAUACUUUUUCUUUGAUUGUGAUUGUGAGAGGUGUGAAGAAGAUGGACUUGUGAAUAGUAAGACAGGCAGUGUAGCUGCUGCUACUGAUGAGGACAAUGCUAGGACGAAUAAUAGUGCUAUAACAGUGGGACAUAUAGUAUGUGGAAACAAGAACGGGUGUCGGGGCUUUUACAUUCCUAAAUCACUGGUAGUCAAGGACGACAGUAGCAGUGAUUGGGUUUGUGAAGCGUGUGGAUAUGUAUAUACGCAUAAGGACGAAUAUAUAAGUGAAAAACGUGUAAUGAAGUCUGACCUUGAGUGA